AUGUGGAGGAUGAGGCUGUGGAGGAUGAGGCUGUGGAGGAGGUGCUGUGGAGGAGGAGGCUGUGGAGGAGGAGGCUGUGGAGGAGGUGCUGUGGAGGAGGUGCUGUGGAGGAGGCUGUGUGGAGGAGAAGGUGUGGAGGAGGUGUGGAGGAGGUGUGGAGGAGGUGUGGAGGAGGAGGAGACGCUGGUGUAUAGUUCUCUGAGUGUGAUCCCAGAUGCAGAGUACUCCUUCACCACAGUGUUCCAGGACCACCAAUACCAGGUCUACAUGGUGCUGCGGCCACAUGUCAAGGAGUUUCUCCAGGCAGUGUCCAGAAACUAUGAGCUCUUUGUGUUCACCUGUUCUAAGAGAGUUUAUGCAGAGAAGGUUCUGGACGUUCUGGAUCCGCACAAGAAACUCUUCAGACACAGGCUGUACCAAGAGGACUGCUCCUGUGUCCUGGGACACUACAUCAAAGACCUGCGAGUCCUGGGACGAGACCUGAGAACAACUGUGGUGUUAGACAACUCUCUCCACACACAUACCCCCACCAUCUGA